AUCGCUUUCAAUCAGCUGUCGAUUUUUUAUUGAAGAAGUAGAAGACACCUAAAUUAUUUGUAUAUAAACCAAAAUGUGCAUUGUUAAAUGAAAGGGUUUUCCUAGUGUUGAGUGGUGUGAGAUAAUUCGGCACGGUGGUGUUAGUGUUCGGCGGGGGCGUGUGCGGCGGGCCAUGGCGGUGGUUGCGGUGUGAAGGUGGCGGGCGCGGCUCUCGGGCGCAGGCAUGCGGCGGCAUGGCGGUCGAGGCUGCGGGCACGUCGCGCGGCCUCCGCGUCUACAAGAUCGUGGUGCUGGGCGACGGCGGUGUCGGCAAGUCUGCCGUCACGCUGCAGUUCGUCAGUCACAGCUUCUUGGACUACCAUGACCCUACUAUAGAGGACUCAUACCAACAGCAAGCAGUGAUAGAUGGAGAGCCAGCAUUGUUGGACAUACUGGACACUGCAGGACAGGUGGAGUUCACGGCAAUGAGGGAACAAUACAUGCGGUGUGGUGAAGGGUUUGUGCUGUGCUAUUCAGUGACGGAUCGGCGGUCGUUCCGCGCGGCGGCCGAGUACAGGCGACUGCUGGCACAAGCGAGGCCCUCCGAGAGACUGCCCCUUGUGCUUGUAGGAAAUAAACUGGAUCUCGCGCCCAGGUUUAGACAGGUGACGACGGAAGAGGGCAGAGCACUUGCGACGCAGCUCGGUUGUCCAUUCUUCGAGACGUCCGCAGCACUCAGACAUUUUGUGGACGAUGCCUUCCACGCGCUCGUUAGGGAAAUACGACGGCUGGAGAGACAAAGACAGGCAUCAAUAUUGGGAACAGGUAUAUCGACGAGCGGUGGACGCAGACGGUGGCGACGUCUUCGAAGCAUCUUCGCUUUGGUCUUCCGACGGAGAAGAAGGCAUCACACAUCACCUUAAACACACCACAUGGAGGUUCAACAGGCCAGUACUAUCU